UUAAUUACAAACUAAGCUAACGGCCGUGCUGGGUUCUCGGCUUCGAGGUCUCUUGUUCUCUGGGCUGCGGCCUAGAGCGUCUCCCAUCCCAACCCAAGCUGAGGUACGCGGGCGUUGUGGGUCUUUACCGGCCAGAGGCGCUUCCUGCGGAUUCCCGGGGCUGCUGAGCGGACACCUGGAGCGUCCCCACUCACACGCUCCUGCAGUGUCUGCCAUUCUGAAAGACGCUUUUAGGUCCUGGACUUGAGCUUUCUGGGAAACCCAGCUGGCUUGUUCUCAGACUGCUGCCACCUCAACAGUGACUUUGUGCGUCAGUGUCGUGGAGAAACAGCGACAGUCCCCACUUGGAGAUGUGACAGAGGAAAGGAAGGCUUUUGGUGACAAGCAAAAAUCCCUGCCUUUAAAAAGAGGAGAGUUUAGUUUUCAUCCAGUGGAAACCGAGGGCUUUCCAGUAAGAGGAACGUUGCUGACCCGUUAUAAACUAGGAACCCACUUACGCAUACUCAGAACGAAAUGGAGGCUUUGUAGCCUAUAGAUAAGUCUCUUUACAUUAAGGAAAAACGAAUUCAAACAAUGAUUACCACCCAACUUUAUAGUACUCAGGAAUGUGUCAUGCCCAAAGCCAGUGUCAAGGACACCACUUGAAAAGUUGCUGAGAAAAAAAAAAAUCUGUCAACGUAGAGCAGGUAGAAAAGGGAAGCUUUGUGAAAUAUUAGAAUCCCCGUAGAGUGGGAGAAAAUUCUGAACUGUCUUCACUGCCAGUUUUUGGCCAACCUGAACUACUUUCAGCUGUAAUGCAUACUAACAGAAAUAAGAGGAAAACCUGAUUUCAACACUAAACUUGCACAAUGUCUUUGAAACCAAGAGUAGUAGAUUUUGAUGAGACAUGGAACAAACUUUUAACGACAAUCAAAGCUGUUGUCAUGUUGGAAUACGUUGAAAGAGCAACAUGGAACGAUCGCUUCUCAGAUAUCUAUGCUUUAUGUGUGGCCUAUCCUGAACCCCUUGGAGAAAGACUUUAUACAGAAACUAAGAUUUUUUUGGAAAAUCACGUACGGCAUUUGCACAAGAGAGUUCUGGAGUCUGAAGAGCAAGUACUUGUUAUGUAUCAUAGGUAUUGGGAGGAGUAUAGCAAAGGUGCAGACUAUAUGGACUGCUUGUAUAGGUAUCUCAACACCCAGUUUAUUAAAAAGAAUAAAUUGACAGAAGCUGACCUUCAGUAUGGCUACGGUGGUGUAGAUAUGAAUGAACCACUUAUGGAAAUAGGAGAGCUAGCAUUGGAUAUGUGGAGGAAAUUGAUGGUUGAACCACUUCAGACCAUCCUUAUCCGAAUGCUGCUCCGAGAAAUAAAAAAUGAUCGUGGUGGAGAAGACCCAAACCAGAAAGUAAUCCAUGGGGUUAUUAACUCCUUUGUUCAUGUUGAACAGUAUAAGAAAAAAUUCCCCUUAAAGUUUUAUCAGGAAAUCUUUGAGUCUCCCUUUCUGACUGAAACAGGAGAAUAUUACAAACAAGAAGCUUCAAAUUUAUUACAAGAAUCAAACUGCUCACAGUAUAUGGAAAAGGUUCUAGGUAGAUUAAAAGAUGAAGAAAUUCGAUGUCGAAAAUACUUGCAUCCAAGUUCAUAUACUAAAGUGAUUCAUGAAUGUCAGCAACGAAUGGUAGCAGACCACUUACAGUUCUUACAUGCAGAAUGUCAUAAUAUCAUCCGACAAGAGAAAAAAAAUGACAUGGCAAAUAUGUAUGUCUUACUUCGUGCUGUGUCCACUGGUUUACCUCAUAUGAUUCAGGAGCUGCAAAAUCAUAUCCAUGAUGAGGGCCUUAGAGCAACCAGUAAUCUUACUCAGGAAAAUAUGCCAACACUAUUUGUGGAGUCAGUUUUGGAAGUACAUGGUAAAUUUGUUCAACUAAUCAACACUGUUUUAAAUGGUGAUCAGCACUUUAUGAGUGCAUUGGAUAAGGCCCUUACAUCAGUUGUAAAUUACAGAGAACCCAAGUCUAUUUGCAAAGCACCUGAACUGCUUGCCAAGUACUGUGACAACUUACUAAAGAAGUCAGCGAAGGGGAUGACUGAGAAUGAAGUAGAAGACAAACUCACGAGCUUCAUCACUGUUUUCAAGUAUAUCGAUGAUAAAGAUGUUUUUCAAAAGUUCUACGCAAGAAUGCUGGCGAAGCGUUUAAUUCACGGGUUAUCUAUGUCUAUGGAUUCUGAAGAAGCCAUGAUCAAUAAAUUAAAGCAAGCCUGUGGUUAUGAGUUUACCAGCAAGCUUCAUCGGAUGUAUACAGAUAUGAGUGUCAGUGCUGAUCUCAACAAUAAGUUCAACAAUUUUAUCAAAAAUCAAGACACAGUAAUAGAUUUGGGAAUUAGUUUUCAAAUAUAUGUUCUACAGGCUGGUGCAUGGCCUCUUACUCAGGCUCCUUCAUCUACAUUUGCAAUUCCCCAGGAAUUGGAAAAAAGUGUACAGAUGUUUGAAUUAUUUUACAGCCAGCAUUUUAGUGGAAGGAAACUUACAUGGUUACAUUAUCUCUGUACAGGUGAAGUUAAAAUGAACUAUUUGGGCAAACCAUAUGUAGCCAUGGUUACAACAUACCAAAUGGCAGUUCUUCUUGCCUUUAACAACAGUGAAACUGUCAGCUAUAAAGAGCUUCAAGACAGCACUCAAAUGAAUGAAAAGGAACUGACAAAAACAAUCAAAUCAUUACUUGAUGUGAAAAUGAUUAACCAUGAUUCAGAAAAGGAAGACAUUGAUGCAGAAUCUUCAUUUUCAUUAAAUAUGAACUUUAGCAGUAAAAGAACAAAAUUUAAAAUUACUACAUCGAUGCAGAAAGACACCCCACAGGAAAUGGAGCAGACUAGAAGUGCUGUAGAUGAGGACCGGAAAAUGUAUCUCCAAGCUGCUAUAGUUCGUAUCAUGAAAGCACGAAAAGUACUUCGGCAUAAUGCCCUUAUUCAAGAGGUGAUUAGCCAGUCAAGAGCUAGGUUUAAUCCUAGUAUCAGCAUGAUUAAGAAGUGUAUUGAAGUUCUGAUAGACAAACAGUACAUCGAACGCAGCCAAGCGUCAGCAGAUGAAUACAGUUACGUAGCGUGAUGUCGCUCUCCUCUAGUGUGGGUGUGAGAAGAUCAUUGCCAUCACCAUUUGGUGUGUUCCUGUGGGAAAAAGCAGGCCUGUGCCUCCAUAAUUUGGUCAUUUGGCAGCCCCUGUUUUUCUGCUGUUUACAACAUCACCAGUGCCACGUCAUGAGCGUCAGAGAAAAUGCCUAGAGAUAUUUCAAGCUCAUGUCAUUAUGACAUUUCUUAAAACUUUAUUAAAAGAAUGAGUGAAGUAUUGCUGAAAUGUGGAAAUUUGGUUGGGUACCAUGCUUUUUCUCCCCUUCACGUUUGCAGUUGAUGUGUGUUUUUUUUUUUUUAAUGUAUCUUAAAGGACAUAAAAUAAAAAACUUAAAUAUUGUAAUAUGACAGAUAACCUAAUAAUUGUAUCUACAUUAAAAUGACAAACAUGAUAUUGCUGCUUGUCAAAUAAAAAAAAUAAAGAAAUAGAAUGCCUUUUUUAUGUGGAUGGAGCAUCACACAUAAUAGUAUAAAUAUAAAUGUUCAUGAGUCAUCAAAGCAGCUAAUGAAGCUUUAGUUGCAUUUUUAUCUGAAUGGUUUAACUCGCUUUUUACUCCUACUUAAGUCCUACAUGAAAAAUGUCUAGAUUAUUGUUCUUGAAUGCAUAAAAAUGCAUUCAACAUAAAGAAUGUUUUAUUUUUAUGGACUGGAACUACAUUGGAUAUGAGCAUUUUGAAUGUUGAGGAUUUAAUUCUAUCAAGAGUUUCUGGUGAUAUGCUUACACCGCAGAAAUAAAGGAUGAGGAGAAUA